CCGAAGAUUCAGAUGGUCUGAUUCUGGACGGAGAAUGACAAUGGAGCCAACCGCAGUUGCUUUUUGGCACAAACUGGCUGUUUAAUCUCGUUAUUUAAUUUCCAUCCUGUCCGGCCAGCCCACGGUCUGAGUAAACGGUGGGGAUGGAGCGCGCACUCAGCGCCCCAAGCCCUCCUCUCAAAGUGGUCCAGCACGAACCCAUCAGUUUCGGCAUCGACCAGAUACUUAGGAGCGGUGCUGACUCAGAGAGAGGCCGGACCAGCAGUGGAGACGGUUACCUUUUGGGGAACCCGACCGGAGGGAGCGCAGCGUCCGAUACCGAGCUGCCCAUCUCCCUCUCGGGUAUGGUACCACAGAUAGAGGAUCCUGGUUUGUACGGAGUGAAGCGCAGCCUGGGCAGCAGAGGAGUGAUCCGGGUGCCCGCUCACAGACCGUUGACGGUCGAGGGACCGCCGCAUGUGGGGAGCGCUGUGCCCGGGUAUGGAGGCCUGUGUUUCCCGUUGGUCGGUUAUAGGUUCGCCAAGGACAGGUUAUCAGCUCUCGUGCCAUUCACUGUGACCCGGCGGAUAGGUCAUCCAUACCAGAACCGCACACCACCCAAACGGAAAAAGCCUCGGACAUCCUUCUCCCGUGUGCAGAUUUGUGAGUUGGAGAAGCGCUUCCACCGGCAGAAGUACCUCGCGAGCGCGGAGCGGGCCACCCUCGCCAAGAGCCUGAAGAUGACAGACGCACAGGUCAAGACCUGGUUCCAGAACCGCAGGACCAAGUGGAGGAGACAGACAGCAGAGGAGCGGGAGGCUGAGCAUCAACAGGCCAAUCGGCUGAUCCUACAGCUGCAGGCCGACGCCCUCCACAAGUCCUUUAACGAAUCAGCAGGUUUCGACCCGCUGUGCUCACAUAACUCCUCCUUGUAUGCCCUGCAGAACCUCCAGCCCUGGGCCGAGGAGAGGGAGUAGGAGGAACCUGCAGCCCUGGGCCGAGGAGAGGGAGUAGGAGGAACCUGCAGCCCUGGGCCGAGGAGAGGGAGUAGGAGGAACCUGCAGCCCUGGGCCGAGGAGAGGGAGUAGGAGGAACCUGCAGCCCUGGGCCGAGGAGAGGGAGUAGGAGGAACCUGCAACCCUGGGCCGAGGAGAGGGAGUAGGAGGAACCUGCAGCCCUGGGCCGAGGAGAGGGAGUAGGAGGAACCUGCAACCCUGGGCCGAGGAGAGGGAGUAGGAGGAACCUGCAACCCUGAGCCGAGGAGAGGGAGUAGGAGAAACCUGCAACCCUGGGCCGAGGAGAGGGAGUAGGAGGAACCUGCAACCUUGGGCCGAGGAGAGGGAGUAGGAGGAACCUGCAGCCCUGGGCCGAGGAGAGGGAGUAGGAGGAACCUGCAACCCUGGGCCGAGGAGAGGGAGUAGGAGGAACCUGCAACCCUGGGCCGAGGAGAGGGAGUAGGAGGAACCUGCAACCCUGGGCCGAGGAGAGGGAGUAGGAGGAACCUGCAACCCUGGGCCGAGGAGAGGGAGUAGGAGGAACCUGCAACCCUGGGCCGAGGAGAGGGAGUAGGAGGAACCUGCAACCCUGGGCCGAGGAGAGGGAGUAAGUCUCCCGUAACCACUGAUCCAGGGUCACAUAUUUGUCCAUCCUUCCCAACUGUUAAGAUGAGGAAUUGAAUGAUUUGACCCUAGCUCAGUUGGUAGUGGCAAAGUGGAGAUUAUGGACAGUGUGUGAUGCCCCUUUGAGACUGUGUGGAGACAAGGUGCCGGAUAGCCCUAAUACUACACCCAACCCCUCAUCCUUAGACCUAGAUAGGGCUCAAUCUAUCUACACUAGCCAAGCACCCUUCCAGGUGUUUUGACCCCUAUCUGGCCUUAUGUUAUAUCCCACACUGUGGCCGUGUUCGAGAGCGUCAAAUCCAUGGUGCAUUGUGGGUAAAUGGUUACUGACUGACUGAUCUACAUAUAAGAAUGAGUAGUUAUUUAUGAUGCAAGGUGAUUUGUAGAUCAGUCAGCACUGUCGGCAGCAACGUGGAACAAGCUCUAUGGUUGAAGACAGAUUGUAGACUCAAGUGACAGGGAACUGGGGGAAGGACAGGAGGAGCCACGUGUGAGAGGUAGAGGGGUAUAGAAGAGAGGGAGGAAGUGGAGUGGUGGAAGAAUGAUGCAUGUAAUGUCGCUAAAGUGUGAAACUAAAACAUCCUCAAAUGUUCCAUUUGUGACUCAUUUCCUAUGAGGAUGUGGGUGUAAAUGUAUCGUCAUUUGUACUUGGGAUGUAGAUAUGUAAAUACCGAUAUACACUCUUCAUUUGAGAACCCUUCAUUUGUUGCCUGUGGUGUUACAGACACGGAUGGGAAGCUUCGUUUUACUCAAAUAAUAACAUAGCAAACAUCACCAUUUUUUCAGAGAAGUUUGUUAAAUAUCAUUUUGCACCACAUUUGAAUACACUGAUGUUUUCUGUGAGAUAACUGUGAGGAAAGGGAUUUUGUAUUUUCUUGUCAGUAAGUCUUCACAUUGAUUAGGCUAUUGUCAUCUCUCAUGGCUUUAUUCCUGUAUUCUCAGUGACAAGGUCUCUUUCUCUCUCUCUCUCUCUCUCUCUCUCUGGACACAGUGAGUGGUUGGGUAUUGUCUUGAGAGUUGUUACUGUACAGUCGUAAUAUCCCACGUAAGAAUACACUUCAAAAUGGGACUUGCAAUAACUUCCUACCACUGUAUAUGUCUAUCAUAGGCCACAUAACAUCCAAUCCAGGCUCUGUGGGCGGGAUGUCGUCUGGCCAUGACUUAGAUUGACAGACAAAGAGACCAACCACGACACAGAUGAAAAGAGCUCAUUGCAGACAGAAAGAUAGAAGCCAAAAACACUAUGACACAAGUCACCACAACACCAAAAACAUUGAAUAACACUAACACACAUUCUGUAGGAGUUCUGCAUUUAGCAGGGUUAGGACUGACUUGGUUCAAAUGUAUUUUUCGUAAGUCAAAUACCGAUCAGAUGAAUUUUACAGAUGAAAAUGUAUUGAUUGUGUAUUUGUUAUUUGGUAGUCGAUUGAGGAUUCAAUCCAAGGUAUGUGUGUAUGCCUUAAUCUUUGUGUGUGUUUGUCAGUAGGUACACUAACAGGUGUGAUAUACACUCUCAGAGAGAUCAGUAACCAUAACAACAUCAACAGAACAAGACAGAGAGGACUAGGGUGAAAGGUUACAGAGUCACAGGAAGUUCAAAAACAGGUACAGGGGUCAGAGGUCAAUGGCAAGGGUCAUAACCCAGCCCGUUGAUGGUCACUGCCAUGGUAACAUGAUGGUGAGACACUGUGCCACACGACUGGUGUGUAUAGCUGUUGUUGGGCAGCCGGUGUUGAGUACCUCUCGUAACCAUGGUGACAACAAAGUUUGUUUGUGCCUCUUUUUUCCAUUAAAUGGCGGGCUGCUUUUCCUUCUCACAGCUCAAGCAUCUCUU